CUUACAGUGCCUGCCACAGUGGUAAUGGAAGCUGCUACAGCUACGGUAGCUUUGUUUGGUAGAGAUUUUUGGCUGCCGCUUUUCAGUACUACCUCAGAAGCAGCUCAUAUUUCAUCAAUGUUGCAUUGACAAUUGGAAAAGAAGAGUGUUAUUGUGUAUAAGCGAGAUGGCAGAAGCAACUCCCCCGAGAGGCAAGAUGAGGUUCAGAAGGAAUGCGACUUCCUUCCCAGGCAACAUACAUUUGGUAUUGGUUCUACGUCCAACCAGUUUUCUUCAACGGACUUUCACAGACAUUGGAUUUCGAUUUAGUCAGGAGGAUUUCAUGCUCAAACUACCGGUUGUUAUGCUGGGCUCAGUUAGUGAAUUGCUGACAUACAUUGAUGACAAGCAAUUAACCCCUGAGUUAGGCGGCACCUUGCAGUACUGCCACAGUGAAUGGAUCCUCUUCAGAAAUGCUAUAGAAAAUUUUGCCCUCACAGUGAAAGACAUGGCUCAGAUGCUACAGUCCUUUGGAACUGAACUGGCUGAGACAGAACUACCAGAUGAUAUUUCUUCAACAGAAAAACUUCUUGCAAUUCAUACUGAAAGGUAUCACCUGUUGAAGAAUGAUAUUACAGCUGUAACCAAAGAAGGAAAAAUUCUGCUAACCAAUCUGGAAGUGCCUGACACGGAAGAAGCUGUAAGUUCAAGAUUUGAACCUCAUGAGCAAACAGGUGGUGAUUGGCAAACUAUCAAUAAAUUGCUGGCUCAAGUACAUGAUAUGGAAAUUGCUUUUGAUGGAUUUUGGGAAAAACACCAACUAAAAAUGGAGCAGUAUCUGCAACUAUGGAAAUUUGAGCAGGAUUUUCAAGAGCUCAUACGUGAAAUUGAACUUCUAUUAACCAAACAAGCAGAGCUGGCAGAUGUCACAGGGAAUAUACUUCAAGUAAAACAAAAAAUAAAACAGUUGGAAAAGUUAGAUGAAAAGUCUAAGGAUCUGUUGAGAAAGGCCCAGCUUGUGAUUUUACAUGGACACAAACUUGCAGCAAAUCACCAUUACGCACUUGAUUUGAUCUGCCAGAGGUGCAACGAGCUACGUUAUCUUUCUGAUAUUUUGGUUAGUGAGAUCAAAGCCAAAUGGAUACAGCUCAGCAGGACCUUAAAAAUGCACAAACUCCUACAGCAGGCUCGUCAGUGCUGUGAUGAAGGAGAAUAUAUUCUAGCUAAUCAGGAGAUAGACAAGUUUCAGUCUAAAGAAGAUGCUCAGAAAACCCGCCAAGAUAUCGAACAUUUUCUUGAAACGGCUCUGCCCUUUAUAAAUUGUGAUCCUAAAACCCUACAGUAUGAAUUUGAUGUAAUUUUAUCUCCUGAACUCAAGAUUCAAAUGCAGACCAUUCAACUCAAGCUUGAGAGCAUUCGAAAUAUAUUUGAGAACCAACAAGCCAGUUUCAAGAACCUGGAAGAUAAGUGUGUGAGGCCAGUCCAGCUUGGGGCAUCUGCUUGCAACAAAGUGUUCCGAUCUAAAACAUUUAUUUUACCUAAACCUGGGAAGAAGAUUUGGAAACAAAGUCAGAGGAACUUAAAAAUUGAAGUGUUGCACGACUGUCUGGAGAAGACAAGUUCUGUUCCGCCCUCCAGUUUGGACAGUAACAGUGGCUUGGAUAUUUUAAAGAACCAUGUCCUGAAUGAGCUGAUACAGACUGAGAAGGUGUAUGUUUGCGAGCUGUUUACUGUUUUGUUGGGCUAUGGAGCGGAGAUGGACAAUCCAGAGAUGUUUGAUCUUAUGCCACCUCUCCUGAGAAAUAAAAAGGAUGUUCUCUUUGGAAAUAUGGCAGAAAUAUAUGAAUUCCAUAACAACCUUUUCAUGAGCAGUCUGGAAAAUUGCAUUGAUGCUCCAGAAAGAGUGGGACUUUGUUUCCUGGAAAGGAAAGCUGAUUUUCAGAUGUAUGAAAAGUAUUGUCAGAAUAAGCCCAGAUCAGAGGCAGUGUGGAAGAAGUAUUCAGAGUGUGCCUUUUUCCAGGAAUGCCAAAGAAAAUUAAAACACAGACUUGGUCUGGACUCCUAUUUACUCAAACCAGUGCAACGACUCACUAAAUAUCAGUUAUUGUUGAAAGAAUUAUUAAAAUAUAGCAAAGACUCUGAAGGAUAUGAACAAUUAAAGGAGGCACUUGACACGAUGCUGGAUUUACUCAAGUCAGUUAAUGACUCUAUGCAUCAGAUUGCAAUAAAUGGCUAUAUUGGAAACUUAAAUGAUCUGGGAAAGAUGAUAAUACAGGGUGCAUUCAGUGUUUGGAUUGGACACAAAAAAGGCACUACAAAAAUGAAGGAUUUUGCUAGAUUCAAACCAAUGCAGCGGCACCUUUUCUUGUAUGAAAAAGCCAUUGUUUUUUGUAAAAGGCGUGUUGAAAGUGGAGAAGGUUCCCUCAAAUACCCGUCAUACAGUUUUAAGCACUCCUUAAAUAUGGAAGAAGUUGGAAUCACUGAACAUGUAAAAGGAGAUAACCGCAAGUUUGAAAUCUGGUAUGGUGGGAAAGAAGAAAUUUAUAUUGUCCAGGCUUCAAACAUAGAUAUGAAGAUGAUAUGGUUAAAAGAAAUAAGAAGUAUUUUGUUGAAGCAACAAGAACUUAUGACAGUUAAACAUCAAGAGCAGUACAAUCAGUUACAUGAAGAUGGCCAACUCUCUUCUCAGCAGAAUGAUGAAGGGCAUCAGGAGGCUUGUAUAGGCCCCCAGGAAACUGAACCAGAGCACACCAGCACUGUGGUAGGGGUCUGUAAGGCAGUCCCGGCAGUUCAGGCAGAAGCCAGUACAGGUACUAACUGCCACCCUCUUAUUGUUUGGACUGCAGAAAUCUCUGAAGGACCUGAGACAUGGGUAAACGACUAUUUCUACUCUUCCUAUGUUGACAAUGAAGAAGAAAGGCCCCUAAUGCCUCCAGACAAAUAUAAAGCCCUAGCAGAUUGCAGGAAUAGAGGCUCAGAAGACCUCCUGAUUAGAAAUGGAGAUGUCAUUCAGCUUCUCCAUGAGGAUGUUGAGGGUCAAUGGUUGGUGAAAAAUCUAAACAGAAGAAAAAAAUGCCUGAUUCCAGGGAACAGUUUGCAGAUUUUAAUCGGUGACUAUAGGUUUCGGAAUGCCAGAGUUACAGAUGCUGCUCUGAGUAACUCAAGGAAACUAACUUCCCCUUGAAUUAAAGGAGAAUGAAUAGACUUGUAAAAUUAAGAUUUCCUUUGGAGGUGUGAACUAGAUUAUAUUUCAUAAAAGUGUUACAGUAAACAGCACAAGAGUCAGGAUGAUCCUGUGUUGCCCAUGACAUUCACAGAAUCUCCUAAGGACUGAGGUGGACUUCGUCAUUCACAGUUUGUCUCAUUUUUGCAAGAAGCAUCUUCACACCUUCCAUUCCCCGCAGGUGAAAAAUGCAGUAUUUGUUUCCAAGUAGGGUUUUUUUUAUGGCAUGCAUUCAGAUUCUAUCUAAAAAAAUUGGAGAUCAAUUAGUUUGAACAUUUAUAGAUAAAAGACUACCUGUAAUUUUGUUGGUAACUUCAGGAACAAAACAAAAAUCCAAAGAGAGAGGAGAGAGAAUCAGAAAUUUUAAACUACUUUGUUAAGUCAUAGUUUAUUAUUUAAUUCUGUUAUCUAUGUGACUAAAACAUACCAAAGGGAGAUGUUCUGAAGGACCUCUUUUGCACUUUUGGCUGGUAUUUAAGGUUUUCAGAGCUGUCUUAUAGUUUUAAAAAGAUCCAAAGCUGAAAGUCCUGUAGUUAGGAUGUGUUGAAGUUUACAUUUUAUGCAUUGCAAUUUAAUUUAGAUACACUUGUCACAGCUUUAAGUUAAAUAUUCAUGUAUGCACAAGAGGUGUUCCUGUAACAACACUCUACUUUUCAGUGUCUUUACUUGCUUUUGAAUUGUCUGGAAAAAUAUCUGUUGUAGUAAAGGUUUUCUUAUGUUGUGUUUCUUUCUAGGUUUUUUUUUUUGUUAAAAUAAUACAUGUAUAGAUGUCUUUUUUUUAUGUAUGUAAACAGUGUGAUGACUUGUUUUAAAGUGCAGGGCCAGCUGUUGCAUGCAGUAUUGAAUUGAUGCUUGGAGUAGUUUAUAUCAAGUCCACUGAAGACAGUGGUUUGAAAUUGCUGCCUUUUGAAUCAUGGAUUAUGCAUUUGUUAUCAAGUUGGCA